AUGGAUACUAUGUACAGUGAAAAAGACAAAACUAAAAACACGUAUGAACAUGCUUUUAAAUUUUUAAGAACAGAAUUUGAUAAUCUCCAGUUAAAAUUUACACCAAAAACUAUUUAUGCAGAUUUUGAAAAGGCUAUACAUAAUGCCGUAUAUGCAGUUUGGCCAGAAAUAGACUUAAGAGGAUGUCGAUUUCACUUAGGUCAAUCAUGGUUGCGUAAAAUUCAAGAUCUAAAAUUGUCCACUUUUUAUAGGAAUAAAAAUUCUGAGAUUGGUAGAUUUUUAAAGUAUAUAUUUGGAUUGCCAUUUUUAACACCAGAUGAAGUAGGUGAUUUUUUUGCGUCCGAAAUGAUGGGAAUCAAACCAGUUGAUAGAAAAAUAGACUUAUUUCUAGAUUACUUGGUCGAUAAUUAUAUUUCACCUGAAUCUACUUUUCCACCUCGUAUCUGGGCUGAAUUUUCGCAUAGUACUUUCCGUACCACAAAUAACUGUGAAUCAUUUCAUUCUAAAUUCAAUGGAAUGUUUUAUCAUGCCCACCCAAAUAUUUAUCAAUUUAUAGAAGCUUUAAAAUAUAUACAACAAGAUUCCUAUAUCAAAUUAAGAAGUACCAUAAAACGAAGGAACCCUAUAUUAGCUAAAGAAGAUUUUAUUAAAGAAAAAAUGUAUAAAUAUAGUUCAGGUCAAAUAUCACGAUUGGAAUUUGUAAAAGAAAUAUCCUUUAAAUUCAAUCCAAUUUCAAAUUUUUAA